CCUCCUCCUCCUCCCCGCUCGGCUUGAGGUGGGGCGAAGAGCGCUGGACUCGCCAGUCUCGUGAACGGCGGAAAAACCUCCGCUAAGUUGUCACGAAUCGUUCUUCUCCUUCCCGUCGCGAGCGCCAUGUUUUCCCUCAGGCCUCCCAAGGCCACCUUCCGCUCCUACCUUCUGCCACAGGUAGAAGAGAAAAUAACCCCAGAACCCAGGAUAAAGAAGUUGGAACCCGUGCUGUUGCCAGGUGAAAUUGUGGUCAAUGAAGUUAACUUCGUGAGGAAAUGCAUUGCCACCGAUACGAGCCAGUACGAUCUGUGGGGGAAGCUGGUGUGUAGCAACUUCAAGAUAUCCUUCAUUACGGACGACCCUAUGCCGCUUCAGAAAUUCCACUACAGGAACCUUCUUCUGGGAGAACACGACGUGGCCUUAACGUGCAUCGAGCAGAUCGUCACAGUCAACGACACGAAGAGGAAACAGAAGGUGCUGGGCCCCAACCAGAAACUGAAAUUUAACCCAACCGAGUUGAUCAUUUACUGCAAAGACUUUCGGAUCGUCCGGUUUCGUUUCGACGAAGCGGGGCCAGAAAGUGCAAAAAAGGUGUGUCUUGCGAUAGCUCACUAUUCCCAGCCGGCCGAUCUUCAGCUCCUCUUUGCCUUCGAAUAUGUGGGAAAGAAAUAUCACAACCCAGCAAAAAAGGUGAACGGAAUAGACCCCGGGGGAGGAGGAGGAGGAGGAGGCAGCAACCAGCAGACCCCUUUGUUUGAAACGUACUCGGACUGGGACAGAGAAAUCAAGAGGACGGGGGCCUCCGAGUGGCGCGUGUGUUCGGUCAAUGAAGGAUACAUGAUUUCUACUUGCCUUCCAGAAUACUUCGUGGUGCCGUCAUCCUUGGCCGAUCAAGACCUGAAGCACUACUCCCACGCUUUCACUGGAAGGCGGAUGCCGAUGUGGUGCUGGAAUCAUUCCAACGGAAAGCUCUGGGUGAGAUGGCUAACAUCAUGGGAUCCGUGCAGCAGCAGCCAAAAAAUCGACCUCCAACGGAUUUGCAACGCCAUCACCAGAAGCCACCCGCAGCGAAGCGACGUUUACAAAUCGGACCUGGACAGGAGCCUGCCCUCCAUGCAAGAUGUCCAGGCCGCUUUUCUCAAGCUCAAACAGUUGUGCGUGAACGAUCCUUUUGAAGAAACGGAGGAGAAAUGGUUGUCUUCGCUGGAGAAUUCACAUUGGCUGGAGUAUGUGAGGCUGCUCCUCAGGCAUUCCGCAGAACUCGUCUACAUGCUGGACAGCAAGCACGUUUCCGUCAUUUUGCAAGAGGAGGAAGGGCGGGACCUGAGCUGCGUGGUCGCUUCCCUCGUCCAAGUGAUGCUGGAUCCCUUUUUCCGCACCAUCGCCGGAUUUCAAAGCCUCAUCCAGAAGGAGUGGGUCAUGGCGGGGUACCCGUUUCUGGACAGGUGUAACCACCUGAAGAAGUCCGACAAGGAGUCCCCCUUGUUCUUGAUGUUCCUGGACUGCGUGUGGCAACUUCUGGAGCAGUACCCGCCGGCCUUUGAAUUUUCCGAAGCUUACCUGACGAUAUUGUACGACAGCACCCGCGUCUCGCUGUUCGGCACUUUCCUGUUCAACUCCCCGCACCAGAGAGUGAAGCAGAGCACGGAAUUCGCCAUCAGCAAAAACAUCCAACUGGGAGAUGAGAAAGGCCUGAAAUUCCCUUCAGUGUGGGACUGGUCCCUCCAGCACACCCUGAGAGACCGCAUGCUCUUCCACAACCCCUUGUACAUCGGCAAAAGCACGCCGUGCGUACAGAACGGAGCCGUGAAAUCCUUUAAACGGACCAAGAAGAAUUACAGCUCGACCCUGCGCGGCCUUCCCCCGUCCUUGAAGAACGGGAUCAUCCACGAGCAAGACUUUCUUCCAAGAAGAAACUCCCUCAUCCUAAAACUGAAGCCGGAUUUCCUCCAGCCCACGGACACCAGUGCCAACGGCACCGAGCAGUAUUUCAGAGAGUGGUUUGCCAAGCCGGCCGACCUGCACGGCGUCCUCCUGCCCCGCCUCUCCGGCACGCAGAUCAAACUCUGGAAACUCUGCUACUUCCGCUGGGUUCCCGAGGCCCAGAUCGCGAGCGGGGGCUCCAUCACUGCCUUCCACAAAAUCUCCCAGCUGGCCGACGAGGUGGACAUGCUGAACCAAAGCCUGCGGCAACACAACGGCAGCCUGCCGUCGCUCGCGAACAAUUCCACUCCGGAUCAGAGCCGGAUGUAUUUCAGAGCCAACGGCCCGCACGACGCCUCGCCCAGCCCAGAGUCCCUCUCUUCUUCGUUCCCGUUCUCUCCCGUGGGGAACCUUUGCCGGAGGAGCAUUCUGGGCACGCCGCUGAGCAAAUUCUUGAGUGGCGCCAAAAUCUGGCUGUCCACCGAGACUCUCGCCAACGAGGAGUAGCUUCUUUAUAGCACGGAGAAGGUGCUUCCUUGCCCUGCCGCACUGCCCCGCCCGAAGCUGUAAUAAUUUUAUACACAAAGGUGACCUAUGUUUUUUUUGCACAGAAAUAUUUAAAAAGCCGGGGUGUCGUGUUUCAGGACAGCAGCACAAGGCUUUUUGUUCUCCGCAGCUGUUAAAACGUCUCGCCCGGUUUCCAUCCCUUCUUUCUGCUUCCUAAACCUAGCUUGCUGCGUGGGGGCCUGAGAGUUCCUCCCCCCGGCCCCCCCUCCCCAAGAUCUGGCCUGGUGACUAACCUGGGCGCUUCGGUCGCGUUGCCAGACUUCUCUUCCCAGUCGCUGACCGAAGCAAAUCUCUUGUCAGUUUGGAUUAAGCGGCAGGUGGAGACAGACAGCAGAGGAAAUUAGAAUUGCCGGGCCAGGGCUGCCCGCGGUUACUUGCGCGGACGCCAGAGCAAUCUGUUUUUGUCAGGUUGCGGAUUUGCGGCCCGGCCCAGCUGAAGCAGCGUUUUAAAAUUCCUGUCGAUUUCAGCGGGACUCUAAAAUACCGGCUUGAGCCAUCAAAGAGCGUGAGAUUUAAGUGGUUUUGCUGGAUGGCGCUCACGGCCACGCUGACCUAGUCUGUCUCGCAAGCCCAUCUUUCCUCCUUAGUUGAGUAUAUAUGCUUGCCCUUAGGGUUAAAAAAAAAUCUGCCCAGAAAGCAGUGCGCUCCAUCCGUGGGAUUGGGGCCGACGUAGCUGUCCUCGUCUGUAAACUGAGCCUGUGAGACCAGGAGUGGCGUGCUUCACCUGUCCCCUCUUGGGAGCAAAUUUCUCCAUCUUGCCUUAGCUGCAAUUAAUGCAGACGUGAGCGGUAACAUUAACUGUGGCUGAGGUGAACCGUGGCAUCCGCCUGACCCCGCAUCUGAAACCGUAUAUAUGUGGGUUCCAGGACCUAAGCAGGGGAUUCCUGGGGAAAUUUAGCUCCUAUGGCAGUGGUGGCGAACCUUUGGCAAUCCAGAUGUUGUGGACUACAAUUCCCAUCAGCCCCUGCCAGCAUG